GUGGAUCGUAUAUUUAAAAAGUGCCACGACUUCACAAAAGGUUUAUGAUCUGGUUUUUGUGAAAUUCAUAGGACAAAAUAAACAGUAAUGAAGACAAAUAAUAAUAGUCAUAAUUGAAUGUAAUUUUUAGUCUCUGAUUUGGCCACUUGAUAGCAAAAUUGGUGAAAAUGAUGGCAAUUGCACAUACUUGAGGAAGAAUAAAGACAAUUCUCCAUCGUGUUGUAAAAAUGAAUGUCCUCUGUAAAUUUCGUGUGCACGGCGAGGUUCCUCGUUUCUCAAUUCCUAGAAAGGCGUAUUCCAACCAAGCUAAGCUUGAUGACAGCAUGGUGAAGACUGCAGGCGAAAAACCAUGCGCCGAAGGAAGUGGAAGAAAAUUGUCAGUCGGAAUUUUGGGUGGCGGAAUGACGCCGAUUUUCACAGCAGUUCUGCUCAAGCAGUCGAAGAUAUUGAGAAAUAUUAAUAUCGUAGAUGUUUCUAAUUCUCUGUCUGGGGCGGUUUUCGAUGCUGGACAUAUUGACACUAAUCCCAAGAUCAAGUAUUACCGGAAAUCUUCGAUGAAGGCUGCCCUUUCCAAUGUGGAUAUUAUAGCUCUGAUGGACAACACCGAUGGCAGGAUCCUCAGUACUGAACCAAAACUUCAGUUGAUGAUGUCCUCGACUUAUAUCAAAGAAAUGGGGAAUGAAAUAUCGAAGAUAAAUCCCUCAGCACUUUUGGCUGUAUUUGCACGUCCCGUCACUGCGACGGUACCUCUUAUAAGUGAAAUAUUUCAAACAAAUAAGUGCUGGGACCCAAACAAGAUACUGGGAUCAGUGGCCCUGGACACUAUGAGGAUUGAAUCGAUGGCGGCCAAUCUCUUUUACUUGAAUUCCUCAUUUCUAUCGAUUCCUGUCGUCGGUGGAGCUGAUCCUAGUACUAUCGUUCCACUGUUGACAAAAGCCAAGCCAUUAACGCACAUCAGCCAAGAACAGGAGAAAGUAUUGGUAAAUCAAUGGAGAGCUUGUGACAGAGAUUUGGAAAACUGUACUGAUGAUUUCAAAGGCCCUGCCAUGUCUUCCGGGGCAGCUGCUGCCAAAUUCAUAUCCACUAUCGCUCGGGCUCUUAUUGGAGAGCCCAACGUCAGGUCCUGUGCUUAUGUACGAUCCGACAUCAUACCUUUAUGUCGAUUCUUCGCUAAUGAAGUUGAAUUAGGGAGAACUGGUGUCAAGUAUAAUUGUGGCCUGCCAAAGGUAUCCCCAAUUGCUGAGAACCUUGUACAGCGGGCCAUUCCGGUUAUCAUGGAGUUGUCUGACAUGGCUUGCGCAUCCCCUAAAUGUCCUAAGGAUUUGAAAAUUUGUGAGAAAAUGUGGAAUUAAUGGGGAAGUGUAAAAAUCGUCAUAAUUUGUGGGAUGAGGACGAGGUAAUGGAAUUCCGGGCCUCUUGUGAAAAGCGACUGAUUUCAUCCUUGAUUUGGUUCUUCAAGAGGCAACGGAUAAGACUAGCCAAUACUAAUAUAAAAAAAUGUAAUUUUCGCUUUGAAAACAUAAUUGAAAUACCUACAAAUUUCUUUAUAAUUUAUCUAUAAAUAAUUGAUAGUACUUUUUUUCAUUAUUUUUCCCAUAUUCCUGAGACGAAUCUCGUCGGGAAUAAUAUCGUGAAUGGUCUUAGAAAUUAUAAUGGUCAACUUUAAUGCAUUAAUAUCCGUUCAAUCAUUCAGUCACGAGAGAUUAAAAAACGGUUAUUUUUUUCCGCGAUACUCGUCCACAACAACAGUAAAACUCCCCUAAGCAGCCGGAUAUACUUAUACCUAUUGUGGAUAUACCGUAAUAAAGAGAGAGAGAGAGCGAGCGGGUAUUCGUAACGUCGGGAAUUUAAAUUUGGAAGCAGACGUGUGCUACAAGUGAUCACAGACACACAAUCAUUAUAAACAACAUUUCACAUUGGUUUCGUGCAAGCGCACUUCACGUUCAACUGAUCUCUGGGCUAUUUUCAUAUUCUGGGUAACGUCUCGUCCAACUCUACCCUGACAUUAGGAAUAACAAUUCGAAGGAGAGAGAAUUGUUUCAGGCAUUUGUGUGGAUUAAUUACUACCUCAAUAUGGGUAUCUUGAUUUCCAGAUUUCGG